AUGGUAGCACCUAAAUUCUUUGUCGUGGCGCGUGUUGUUGGACGUGACGGGGCGCUCCCAUUGUGGAAAGAGCGCCUUGUUCACCUAUGCAAUGCCUCCGCCACUGAAACUUUAGGCGACUCUUAUUAUUGGGGACAAGAUCUCGAUGGCGAACCCGACACCCUUUGGGGCCUAGAAGGGUACACCCAUCCAGCAGGCUUUUUCCUUGGACACGUCUCGACAGAUAUUUUCAAGCGGGAAAUGGCUCUGGUAGACUCCGAUCGCCUGCUACGAAAUGAGCAGGGCUUGGCCAGUCGUGACUACAAUCUACACCACUACGAUUGGGCAGGUGGCUGGCUGAAGCGGGCAGAUGACCCCGACUAUGCCUCCAAGAGCCUCAAUGGAGCUUUGCAGAGCUUUGGGAUACUCAAAGAAGUAAGAGAUGAGAAAAUGCUCACUCUAUGGGUGCGAACCCCGGAAGAAUUCGACGCCUUGAAAUCGUCUAAAAAAUUUCAAGAUUUAAUGAGUGUUGCUAAAGCAAAGUCGGAUAAGACGGAGAUUCACCUGUCUAGAGCAUUUAAUGGUCACCUUGACUUGAACUCGAGUACAAUCCGAUAG